AUGUUCCAUUCAAGGGCUCUCCUUCUCUCCUGGCUCGUCGGCUUCACCACGGCCAAGGAUAUCCAUCUCGAUUGGAACAUCACCUGGGUCUGGGCAGCGCCCGAUGGCUUUGGCCGUCCUAUGAUAGGGAUCAACAACGAGUGGCCCUGUCCGAUUGUCAAUGCCGACCUGGGCGACCACCUCAUUGUCGAUGUGCACAAUGGUCUGGGGAAUCAGUCGACGGGAAUUCACUGGCAUGGCUUCCGUCAAUACAUGACAGGAACUAUGGAUGGCUCAAACCAGGUGACGCAGUGUGCGUUGCCUCCGGGAAGCAGCAUGCGCUAUGAAUUCGAUGCCAACCAAACCGGCACUUAUUGGUAUCACUCGCACGAAAUGGGCCAGUAUCCCGACGGACUGCGGGGUCCGUUCAUCGUGCGGGAUCCCUCGCCGCCAUUUGCCUACGACGACGAGUUUACCCUGACUCUGACCGACCAUUACCACGAGCAAAUGUCUGUUCUUCUGCAGCAGUACGAGGCCCAAAGCGUAGGCACCCAGGCAGGCAUCAAUGAACCCUUGCCAGCGGCAGCUCUGAUUAACGAGGCUGUUGACUCCACCACUCUCCGUGUGGAGCCCAACAAGACGUACCUCAUCCAUCUGAUUUGCGUGGGCAACUGGCCCGGCCACGUUAUUGUCUUUGAUGACCACGAGAUCAGUGUCGUUGAGGUGGACGGCACCUGGGUGGAUGCGUACCCUGCGGGAGGCAAGAAGAUUCGGCUGGCCACAGGCCAACGCAUGAGCAUCCUUCUCAAGACCAAGGACAACACCGACAGGAACUAUGCCAUCUGGGACUCGAUGGACGUCAACAUGAUGUUCAUCUAUGAGAAUCACGCUAUCCCUGAGGGGUUCAACCCUAACACGACGGCAUGGCUGGUCUAUGACGAAGCGAAGGAGCUUCCUCCGGCACCAGACAUCCACGAACUCGACCCCAACAACGACUUUGUCGACGAUCUCGUCUACGUGCCAGCAAACCAUGAGCCUCUCCUCGACAAGGUCGACCGCCAAAUCAUCUUCAACACCAGCGUGACUGAACUCGACGGCCGCAGCCUGUACACCAUCAAUGGACAGGCAUACGUCGAUCCGGAGGAGCCCACAAUGUACACCGCGCUGGCGGCAAGCCCAGAGAAGUCUUCCGAUGAGUCGAUAUAUGGCCAAGUAAAUCCCUUCGUGGUCCAAUACGGCGAGGUCGUGGAGAUCAUUAUCAAUAACCACCACGGCAACCUACACCCCUGGCACAUGCACGGCCAUCAGUUUCAGGUCCUGCAGCGCACGAUCCCAGAGGGCGGGUACUUUAACGGCUACUUUGCCAAUAUCUCUUCGACGCCUGUGAAGCGGGAUACCAUCAUGGUGCAGAACCAUGGCCACGCGGGGUUGACAGGCACUCUCAUCGAAGCCCCGGCGCAGAUGCACGACAUCUCGGUGCCACUGGAUCAUCAGAAAAUCUGUCCCAGCUAUGGCACACCACCGGGUGGUAACAGCCCUCCAAAUGAUGCGCCUCCUGCAGAGAACACAGAGAACACCACCCCGCCCUCAUCUCCUCCUCAGGAUACUCAGGAUACUCAGCCUGAUGGUAACACCCCUCCAAAUGACACGCCUCCCGCAGAGAACACAGAGAACACCACCCCGCCCUCAUCUCCUCCUCAGGAUGCUCAACCUGGUGGUAACCACCCUCCAAAUGAUACGCCUCCUGCAGAGAACACCACCCGCCCUCUCCUCCUCCGCAGGAUGCUCCCCAACCUGGCGUAUUCCCCUCAGCCUUGGGGUAACCCACGCCCGUCUCCUCCUCCUCAGCAGCCUCCACAACCCUGGAGUCAACCGAGCAACGUCCAGCCACCUGCCAAUAACUACGCACAGGGGUAUCCAGUGACUCCGAGCAAUGAAGCGCCACCUGCCAACAACUACGCACAGGGAUAUCCAGUGGCUCCGAACAAUGCCGCGCCACCUGCCAACAACUACGCACAGAGCUAUCCCGCUAGCUACGUUCCUGUUGCGCCUGGCCCUGUAAUUAUCGACUCGGAGUUGCAUUACGGUGGCAAGAGUAGUCGCGUUGAAUCUUCCGGUACCAAUGCUGGCCACAGAGAUGGCAUGACUGCAGAGAGUGGCGGCGACGCGAGUGCGUCUUAG